CUGUAACCAACGUCAUUAGCUACGUCCUGUAGGUAAGCUUGAGCUUGCGCCCUCUCCACAGCUCACUGCGCAUCAUGAACAACCCCCUUCUUCUUGUCUUGUCAUACAAGCAAGCAACGAGAUAACCCAUCAAACCUUUGCGACUAUUACUCACUAUCAGCCAUGGCUCCGGCGGUAUCUCUGCGCGGGAUCUUGACCUACGCGUCGAAUCUCCUCUCCCAGAUACCACUUCAGCUCUCCGGCCUCCCGAACCCUCUGAGCCCCAUCGCAGCUCCACGGCCGAUAGGUGGCCAUGACCGUCCGUCUGCCGGCUUCCCCAACAGCUCGGACACGGUCACGCCGUACAUUCCCUUGACCGGCGCCCCCACAUGUCCCAUCGAUGGCCCGACGAGCUGCCAGAACACCACCGCGGGAGAUUCCUGCUGUUUCGUGCAUCCGGGGGGGCGGCUGCUGUUGACGCAGUUCUGGGAUCAGGAGGUCCAUGUUGGCGGGUCCGAAGAGGACUGGACUCUGCACGGGCUAUGGCCCGACCUGUGCGAUGGCACCUACGACCAAUUCUGCGGCAUGGCCCCGCGCUUCGAGAACAUCACCGACAUCCUGAAGCACUACGCGCAGGAUGAUCUGCUCGAGUACAUGAACCGGUACUGGGUCGCCAAGUACGGCGGGAACGCCCACCUCUGGGCCCACGAGUACAACAAGCACGGAACCUGCAUCAACACCCUCUCGCCCAAAUGCUACGACGGCUACACGCCCGGCCUCGAGGUCGUCGACUACUUCACCCGCGCCUUCGGGCUCUUCAAGAUGCUCGACACGUACCUUGCGCUGUCGCAAGCUGGUAUCGAGCCCGACUACAGGAAGACCUUCUCCCUCAAGAAGAUACAGAAGACGCUCGAGGAGUUUAGCGGCGGCAAGGUCGUACUCAAGUGCACCGGCAGACAUCACAACGUCCUACAUGAGGCGUGGUACGUAUACUUUGUCCAAGGCAGUCUGCAGAGCGGCGAGUUUGUGCCCGCCAGGGAUAGCUUCAAGGGGGAUCAGACGGACUGUGCCGCCGAGGUCAGGUAUUUGCCCAAGAGGAGGAAGAGAAAUCAUUCAUGAGAUUUGAGCGCGAGAGUUUUUAUAUCUUGAGCUUCCUUGGCGUAAAGUUGAACAAGCGACGGAAGGUACCGUUAGUCCUGGGUCAUCGUUUUCGGUUUAUGUGAUUACACUGUGCUGCUGGGUAAUCAAUUUCCCUUCUACCAGCACAACACGACAGCCUUAGUACUAUAUAUCCACCUGUAUAUUGUGACCCACUUUUGGAAAGUGUAUAACGCAGGCGACGACGGCCGAAAUGCCCGGCGUCUCAAGUUGUCUGUAAUGAACCGGGUUUUUACUCGAGCAUGCGUCCAAUAUAUAAGCAGAGACAAACGUCAUGUCAGAGGCC